CGGUCCCCGAUACCCAUCAACGUAAGACAGCUGCAGCAUCGUAUUCUGCUCUCCUUUUCUUCUCCGUUAUAAUCGAACGAAGAGAUGUCGGAAUAGCAGUUGGGCAGAUUUGGGCGAAAUAAAGCAGAAACCUAAUUGUUGGAUCGGUAUUCUCCGGCGUGCAUGAUGGUCUCCAAAGCGGCUUUUGUUUUGCUCGGUGUCAUGGUCAUUGCCUAUAGUAGUUACAGCAAUGCCAAAAAUAUAGAGAACCUAAACAUAAUGGAUGCAAAUGCUGUUAUUACAAGGAAUGAAAAAUUAUGUGAAAUUUGUCAAGAUUAUACCACAAAAGUCAUAUCCUUUUUUGAGAAAGAUGGAACGGCCAUUAACCAGACUCUUUAUCAUGUUUGCUCAUACCUGCACUCCUUGGAAGAACAGUGUCUUUCGUUGGUAGACCACUUCAUAUCCAUUUUGUUUGCGGAAAUUGCUAAAUUGCAACCUGAAAAUAUUUGUAAAAAUGUAUAUCUUUGUGAGAACAAGGCGUUGGCUCAUGAACUAAAGUAUGAUGAUCCCUGCACAGUCUGCCAUAAUGUUGUUAGUGAAGUUCUCUCUAAACUGGAUGAUCCCGAUGCACAGCUUGAGAUAAUUCAGAAACUUCUCAAGGGAUGCAGUCAGAUUGGCAAUUUUUCUCUUCAGUGCAAGAGGUUGGUUCUUGAGUAUGGCCCGGUCAUCAUUUUCAACGCAGAGAAAUUUUUUGAGAAAACAGACGUUUGUACUGCAAUCCAUGCAUGCAAAGCUCAACAAAUUGCUGCUAUUGAACAACAAUUUCUUCCUGUUGCUGCUGCUGCUGUUUGAACCGAAAAUGCCUGAAUCAGAAGAGAAGCUCUUCAGACUUGCAAAGUAGUAAGAGAACUGAGUAGUAAUUGGUGUUUCUAUUAAAUUCUGUCAAGAUUACUAUAUGCUUUUAUUAAUGUUUGGCAUUGUAGCUUUUACCACCGUAUAUUUAUUGUGUUGCAUUCCUAAAGGUGAAGAUGAUUAGGUAGUAUUAUGAUUUAUAAUUAUGCAAUAAGUCGGUUCGAAGUAA